CUGUGUUUGCUAUUGGUUGGCAAUUUUUUGUUUUAUUUAUUUAAUUGGUAUAUACGAAUUUCAGCUCUAAAUUAAAUUUCUACAAUUAAUUUCAUGUUAUAAGUGUUAUAUUUACAUUUUGAUUAACAAAUAUAAUGUACACAUUACUGCAUGGCUUCUAUAAAUACCUCACACAAAAGGAGGAAUACUGCGUGGUUAUACUUGGACUGGACAAUGCUGGAAAGACGACCUACUUGGAGGCGGCGAAAACGAAAUUUACAAAAAACUACAAAGGUAUGAAUCCCGCGAAGAUUACCACAACGGUCGGCCUAAAUAUUGGCACCAUCGAUGUGUCAGGUGUGCGACUGAAUUUCUGGGAUUUAGGUGGCCAGCAAGAAUUGCAAUCGUUGUGGGAUAAAUACUACCAAGAAUCACAUGGUGUGAUAUAUGUGAUAGAUUCGAAUGAUCGUGAACGCAUGGAGGAGUCUAAAGUUAUAUUUGAUAAAAUGAUUAAAAACGAACUGCUCUCAGGUGUACCACUGCUUAUACUUGCCAACAAGCAAGAUUUGCCAGAUGUAAUGGGCGUACGCGAUAUUAAGCCGGUAUUUCAGCAAUCUGGUGCGUUAAUAGGACGACGCGACUGUCUCACAAUGCCAGUAUCUGCGCUCACGGGUGAGGGCGUCAAUGAGGGUAUUAAAUGGUUGGUUGAAGCCAUCAAACGGCAUUCCAUAGUACGACCGCCGCGAGAAAACGAUUGAUCGGAUCCAAAGUGGGUUGUAUGUAAUCGUAACGAAUAUAUUUUCAUUAUAUAAGAACUUCUUAAUUAAUUUUCCCUCUAACUAGUAUGGUGUAAAUUUUGUAUGUACAAAGCAAAACAUA